GUCGACCUUAAAGCGCCCGGGCAUUGGUGCCAAAAUCGCGCGCGUCGCUGUGACUCACUCAGGUAGAAACGUAGCUACAUUACCUAUAGUAAAGUCAAACUCCCUUGUGUCGACACCUGUUGCCGCCCGAAUGUCCAAAAUCGAGGAUUUUUUCUAAGAUGUGAAUAAGUGCAGCAGUGAAGAUGAUUUCCUUGGUGUGCUUUGGAUUUUUUGCGUUGCUCUUUGCGGGGGUGAAAUGUGAUCUAAACGUGAAUUCGGUGGCGUGUGGCGAGAGAACCUGCAACAUUCUGGAAUAUUGUUCUCAAUUUGACGGAACCUGUCAAAAGUGCACGAAGAUAUGCGACAAAUCCGACCACAAUUACGAUCAAAGUCUGUGCAAAAAAGUCUGUCAAGAUUACUUGCACGACAUUCGCUACCUCAGAAGAGACGAUGAUACCAUCGAGCGUUUAUCAAGAAUGGUUUCAGUUUGUUUGACAUUGAUCUGCUUCAUAUUGAUACUUUUGGCUGCCGUUUUUAUAUUCCAAGUAUACCGAUGGACGAAAAAGAAGAACAUCACUUUGGCAAAUUUUAAACUAUCCAUGUUUAAAAAGAAAAAACAGCCACCAACCCCCACAAAACCAUCGAGCACACCCCACAAAAACGACCUGAAAAAACCCGACCUAAGACUGGACAUGCCGAUUUCCGACACCCAUUCUGAGCACAGUCCAGUAACCAUAACGACCUCGAUUAGCAGGAGACCUGCCGAAGACAGCGCUCUAGAUUACGCCUACGAUAAUCCCGCUAUGACCAACAGGUCGAACCCGAGAUUUUAGGGAGGCCUUGAAAAACAAUAGUAAAUAAUUAAAUUGCUCAUUUUUGCAAUAGUAACGUGAUGUGAUCUGCAAUAUAGUAAUAGCGAUUAAAGAGUUAAUAAGAGUGGAAGUCUUUUUAGGAAAAUCAGCAGGAAAAAACAUUUAUUAUCUAUCCUAUUUUUUAGGUUAGGUACCUAUUUUGAGCCUGGACAUGUGUAAGUGUACAGUUUUUACAAUUUGUUGAGUUGUUUUUUGAAAUUGUUAUGAAAUUGUUGGAUUUGGGUUUUUGGUUUUUUAUUGGCAUGAUACGAAUGUUACAUAAAAAA